GUUCACCAUCUACCUACAUUUUCCACGCACACGCAGAGACAAAACAUUUAUUUUCUCGGUUUUCGUCUCGUGAGUAUUCUGAAGAUUUUCCUGGAAAAUUAAUCACGCCAUUCCCGGGAAUAUACCGGAUUGCCAACUGUUUUCGUUCCUAGUACAUAUUAUCUUCUUCGCGAGUACAGAGUAUAGAAAGCAAGUCGGAUUGGGUCGACAAAGUGAUAUGCUAAAAUAAAAUCUCGAUUCCGGGAUGCACUGAAGAUAUGUUCGGAAACUGUCUCCCCAAUAAGUUACAUGGUGAAUUUGAUUUUUGGUGUUCGUUUUUGUUCUAUCUGAUGCAAAUAUGAUGUGGUCAAACAUUGAGCCUGGAAACAAAGAUAGUGAUGAGAGCUCCGAUAAUGGUGAGCUGUUGCGUGACAUUGAGGAAAUAAGCAAAGCACUUUACUUGAACAGAAUCGCACCAAAGCCUUCUUCUGAUGUUCAAUCCAAAUUUGCUGGGAAUACCCAUAUAUCAGAAUCAAAAUGGAAUCCGAUCCCAAGAAGUGUAAAUGAAAAUGUGUCGCACAAGGAUAAGAAAUCAUCCUCAUCAUGGAAUUGGAAGAGGCCCUUGAAAGCUCUGGCACAUGUUCGGCAUCAGAAGUUCAAUACUUGUUUCUUUCUUCACGUGCAUUCGAUUGAAGGAUUACCUGCAAGUUUCAAUGACUUUAAUGUGCGCGUGCAUUGGAAGAGGAAGGAAGAGGUGUUGCAGACUCGCGCUACAAAGGUUGCUAGGGGGCUUGCUGAAUUUGAUGAGACAUUACUACACAAAUGCUGUGUUUAUGGUAGUAGAAGUGGAUCUCAUCAUUCAGCCAAGUAUGAUGGAAAGCUAUUCUUGAUCUAUGCUUCUGUUGUUGGGGAUGCGUGGCUAGAUUUAGGAAAGCAUUGGGUUGAUCUCACGAGGCUGUUGCCAAUUACUUUGGAGGAGUUGGAGGGGGAGAAAAACUCUGGUAGGUGGACUACAAGCUUUAAGCUUGCAGGGAAGGCUAUGGGUGCUACAUUAAAUGUUAGUUUUAGUUUCUUGGUACUGAGGCACAAUUUUGUGGAAUCAAGAAGUAAUAUGAAUGUUUCUGAUUUUGUAAAGUUUGCAAAGAAUAAGGCGACUACAGUGGGACUAGAUACAGAUUAUGCACUGUACAAUAAUAUUGCUAUGCUUCGGCAGAUGGGUAGUACUCCAAGUACUUUAGACCCUAGAAUCGCCCUGUCUUCUCAGUCUACCGAUGGAAAGGUUCGUCAUGAGGCUUUGCCAAAUUUGGGACUGGAACUCUCUACAUCAAUAAGAUCCCUCUAUCAAAAACUUAAUGAAGAGAACAUACAUGGUUCAGGAGUGUCCAAUAUAUCAGCCGAGCAUAUGCAGCCACUUAAACCAAAGUAUGUCUUGGAUUUUGCAUCUGCCGAUGACUUUAGUGGAGAUGAGAAUUACGGUAACAAGUUUGUUGUUAUUGAACAGGGAACAGAGAUGAUGAAAAAUGAACAGCUGAUAUCAGUUCAAACUAAUGCUGCUAUUGAUGGUUCUGCCAUUGAAAUCAUUAAUGUGGAUGAUAUUAUGAAAGAUGAUGAUCUAAACCUUUAUGAGGGGCCAAAAGGUUAUUUGCUGGACAACGUCUCCAGUAGUUAUGUGAAUAAGGUUCUGCUGAAUGAUUGCAAACUUGAAGAAGAUGUGGAGUGCGUUAAAGGGUCAGCCUUGGAACAACAGGAAACAACUUUGCAGAGCCUGCUGACUUCUGAAUCGGUAGAUUUGGAAUCUCCACCUGCUGUGGAUGAGUUUCUAGAUCAAGAGAGUUACAUUGGAACGAUACUGAAUUACAAAACCAGUAAAAUGGUAAAGAAAUCACAUAGCUUGGAUGACAUAACUGAAUCUGUGGCAAGUGAUUUCUUAAAUAUGCUGGGGAUAGAGCAGAGUUCAUGUACCCCGAGUUCCAAUUGUGAUCCUGAAUCUCCAAGAGAACGUCUAUUAAGAGAGUUUGAAGAAGAGGCCCUUGUUUCUGGAAAUUUCCUUUUGGACUUUGAUGCAGAGGAAGAGCUUGCAAAAUUUGGUUGCAUCUCACCAGAGAUGUCUGGCUGUGACCUAUCUGAGGAUUUUGAUUUCUCUCAAGUUAUUCAGGCUGCUAAGGAAGAGCACAAUAAAGCAAGUCAGUUGCUGAGAAGGAGGAAAGCGAAGGAGCUGGAGGACUUGGAAACUGAAGCUUUAAUGAGAGAAUGGGGUUUAGACGAAAAGGCCUUUCAGAAUUCUCCUCGUAAUUGCUCUGAUGGAUUUGGGAGUCCAAUUGAGCUCCCCCCAGAAUUGCCAUUUCAGUUACCCCCACUUGGAGAUGGCUUUGGUCCUCUUGUUCUAACUAAGGGUGGAGGUUAUUUGCGGUCCAUGAAUCCCUCUUUGUUCAGAAAUUCUAACCAUGUCAGAAGUUUGAUCAUUCAAGUUUCUAGUCCGAUUGUGCUACCAGCAGAAAUGGGCUCUGACAUAAUGGAAAUAUUACUGCAUUUAGCCUCGGUUGGAAUUGAGAAGCUGUCCCUGCAGGCAAAUAUAUUGAUGCCUAUGGUGGACGUUACUGGGAAGACAACACAACAAAUAGUUGAGGAAGCUGCUACCAGCAGAGCAGUGCCUGAUAGACAAACUCAGUUGCAGCACAAAUCAUUACUUGAGCAAGACUCAUCUGAUGUGAGAAAGGAAUUUGAAGGUUUUUCUUCUGUUCAGUGUUACAAUAACCUUAGCUCAAGCUUAAUUGGUGGUGAGAUUGGAAAUGACAUUGUUUCUGCAGAGGAUCUUAUUCCUUUGGCAAUGGAUAAGAUUGAGGUUCUGAUUAUUGAAGGAUUGAGAAUUCAGUCUGACAUGUCUGAUGAGGGGGCACCGGCAAGCAUCAGUUGUCAAUCUGUUGAGAAAAUUAAUCCUUAUGAAGGGAAGAAGACUGGUCUUGGUGGGAUCUUAAGUUUAGAAAGAGCAACAGGGUUGCAACUGCUUGACAUCAGUGAUAGCAGCAGUGAAGUUGAUGGGUUACUGGGUCUUUCUAUAGCCUUUGACGAGUGGUUAAGGCUUGAUGCUGGAAUUACCAUAGAUGAGGAUCAAAUUAGUGAGCACACAAAGAGGUUCCUUGCGGCCCAUCAUGCUAAUACUAUAGACUUCGUUAAUGGAAGAGGCACUAAUUGGGGUGACACAUAUGGUAGAAAGCAUGGAUUGUUGGGUAACAAUCUCACCAUAGCAUUUAUGGUGUUGCUUAGAGAUCCCCUUCGAAACUAUGAACCAGUUGGUUCCUCAAUGCUUGCUUUAGUUCAGGUGCAGAAGGUUGUCCAUCCUAAGGCAGAUAUGUAUGGGACAUUAUUUGUAAGAAGUGGCAAUGAGGAAGAAUGUGAAUUGAUCAUAGAGGAGGAAGACAACCAAAAGGAGGACAAAGGAGGAGGAGAAGAGGAAAAGGAGGAAGAUGCUCCUGCUUCGUUUAAGAUUAUUGAAGCACAUCUUGCAGGGUUGAACAUUGGGCCUGCCAGGAAGCAACUUUGGGGUAGUAAAGCACAGCAACUCUCCGGAACCCGAUGGCUGCUUGCUACUGGCAUGGGUAAGACCUGGAGGCAUCCAAUUUCAAAGUCAAAGGCCAUUGUAGUAUCAAACACACAAGGGAUGACUAAGUUUCAGAGUGAGGAUAUCAUAUGGAGCAUAAGCUCUCAUUUUGAUGACACUCAAACUAAUUGGAAAGACUCGACUGAAAGUGUUCCUUAUGAACGAAAUCCUGAUGUCAUUUCCAGCUGUUAGGUCCCAUGUAACAAGAAAUUUUGGAAUGAUAUUCCUGGAAUUCUUCCACUUUGCUUUUUUUCUGAGACUUGAAAAGGCUAAAGAGUCUUGUGGCUCUUUUGUUUCAUUUUACUGAACUUCUAUGUCUAGCAACGACGUAUUGUUAGUUGUCUAUUUUUUGUGGGUAUGUAUAUCAGUUGAAAUGAAAGCUUGCUAAUGUACUUCUACAGUCGAUAUAAUAUACGCAUAUGGUAGAAUGGCAUGAAGAA